AUGAGGUCAGAUGUCGACUUUAUUUCGGAAAAUUAUCAAAAAAUUUUCAGGCAAAUCGAGACACUGAUGAAAUGUGAAGCAAUCCCGGAGCAAGAUGUGAAAUCAUUAUGUGCUAAAGCACGAGAAAUUCUUCUACAAGAAGGCAACGUACAGGUCGUCGAUUCGCCUGUCACGAUCUGUGGUGAUAUCCACGGUCAGUUCUACGAUUUGAUGGAAUUGUUUAGGGUCGGUGGCCAGGUCCCUGACACGAAUUAUCUUUUCCUCGGCGAUUUCGUUGAUCGUGGCUUCUAUUCUGUUGAAACAUUUUUACUAUUGCUGGCUUUGAAAGUGCGCUAUCCGGAUAGGAUGAUGCUGAUUAGGGGGAACCAUGAGUCUCGACAAAUCACUCAAGUUUAUGGGUUUUACGAUGAAUGCCUUCGGAAGUACGGGUCUUCCACUGUCUGGAGGUGCUGUACGGAGGUGUUCGAUUGUUUGAGCCUUUCUGCGGUUAUCGCGGGCAAGGUGUUCUGUGUUCACGGUGGUCUGUCACCGUCAAUCCAGAAUCUGGAUCAAAUUAGGACAAUCGAUAGGAAACAAGAGGUACCACAUGAUGGACCAAUGUGUGAUUUGCUAUGGUCCGAUCCAGAAGAUAGCAUUGGCUGGGGUGUGAGUCCGCGUGGCGCUGGCUACUUAUUUGGUUCCGAUGUUGUUAAGAUGAAAAUUAGGUAA